AUGGCUUCCAAUGCCCUUCUCUCAUUCUUCCUCAUAUUAUCUUCAUUCAUUCACAUUGGUUUCUCUGAUCUAGACCAGAUUCUUCCUGGCCUUGCACAAGUUCCAGUUCUCAAAGAUGCACAAUGCAUGAAGAAGCUUCUUCCAUGCCAACAAUUCUUGAAGUCUCCAAAUAACCCUACUCCUGCUUGUUGUGUUCCCUUGAGUGAGAUGCAAAUAAAUGAAACAGAUUGUCUAUGCACUUUCUUUAACAACCCUCAGCUCCUUACAUCCAUCAAUGUUUCCAAGGAUGAUGUCUUGAAGCUUCCCAAUGCUUGUGGUGUAGAUGUUGAUGUUUCUAAGUGCAGCACAGCUGCAAGCCCAUCAUCAUUAGAAGGUCUCAUACUUCCUGCAGAGGAUACAUCAGAAGAUGCAACAAGUUCAACAAAAAUGAUAACUCCAUAUGGAAUACAUGGCUUUGUUGCUUUGUUGAUUGCUCUAGCAUUCUCCGCAUACUGGGCUUAG